AUGCCCGAAAAGCAAGCAGCUGCCGCUCAACCGGCUGGUGAAGGACAGGCAGUCUUACCAGGCUUCUUCUCACCCUUCGUCGCCAACGAACGUAAAGCCGCCCUAAAGCUCAUUGCAAAAUCCGAAGUACUUCUCAUCGCGAUCAUCCUCGGUAUCCUUUCCAUCUACUGGGGUGCCCUCCACUCCGUUCUCCCCAACAUCCCCGCCCUCACAAUCGGCCUCAUCGAUCUCGAUGAUGGGGAGAUUGGACAGAGCAUGACGACGUGGUUCAGAGGUGCGAGGGAGGGUGAUGCGUGGGUUGCGACUAAGGUUGAGGAGGGGAGUUUGGAGGGUUCGUAUGAGGAGGUCGUUAAGAGUGUCAGGCAUGAGGAUAUGUGGGUUGCGAUCGUGGCUAUGCCCGGUGCAUCCGCCAACAUGAAUGCGGUAUAUGACGGCACUCUUGCGCCGGAGGAUUAUCUGCCGAGUGGAGCGAUCAGGGUGGUGUAUCAAGAAGCUCGCAACGCAAUCGCGGUCGAUGAGUUGCUGAUUCCGUUCCUCAUCCCAACCCUCCGCGCUUUCACCGAGUCUUUCGCUCAGAACAAGACCGCCUCCCUCGCUCAGUCCCUCACUACAACCACCGAUCUCGUUCGCGCCCUUCAACUCCCUAUCCCAGCAUCCUACGCCCUCGAAAACCUCAACCCCUACCUCCCCGUCCAAGGUUCCGCCGCAACAGAAAUCGGUCUAAUUUACCUCAUCAUCCUAGCCUUCUUCUCCGUCCUCUUCUUCGGUCAAAUGCACAUGACAUUCGCCGGUAAACUCCGUCCGGUAUCGUACUGGGUGUACCGUAUGACGAUUCCCAUCGUUUCCUACUUCUUUCUCUCGCUUUUCUACGCCGUUCUUUCCCGCGCUUGGGAAAUUCAUUUGGAGACGCAUGGUGGGAGGGGUGGGUUUGUGGUUUAUUGGAUGUUGGCUUGGGUUGGCAUGACGGCCCUCGGUGUCGCAAUCGAGAACAUCAAUAACUUCUUCGGGCCACCCUGGACGCCCACAUUCCUCAUCUUCUGGGUCAUCUCGAAUGUCUCCACGGGCUUCCUUCCCAUCGAGCUCUUAUCCAAUUUUUAUCGCUGGGGAAUUGCGUGGCCGUUUUUCCAUAUCGUCAAGGCGAGUAAUCACCUCAUCUUCGGAACAAAGGAUGAGUUGGGCUUGAAUUUUGGGGUACUUAUUGCGUGGGCGGUGUUGAAUUAUGCGAUUUUGCCGGUGUCGAUUGGGGUUGAGUUGAGGAGGUUUGGGAUGAGGGUUGAUGCGAAUAAGAAGGAGAUGAUGGUUAGGUUGGGGCAGCCGGUUCCGGAGAAACAGGAGCAGGCUUGA